AUGAGUGAUAAGAAGGAAGAUUUUAAAGCUGGCAUUAUGGAUCGGAAACGUUCACCCAAUCGUCUUGUAGUAGACGAAGCCUCAAAUGAUGAUAAUUCAGUAAUUGCUUUAAGUAUGGCCAAAAUGGAAGAAUUAGAGCUCUUUCGUGGUGAUACAGUGCUUAUUAAAGGCAAGAAAGGUCAUGAUACAGUCUGUGUUGUCCUUCAAGACGAGACAGUAGACGAUCAUAACGUCCGUAUGAAUAAAGUCGUCCGUAAAAAUUUACGUGUGCGACUGGGCGACGUUGUGAGCAUUCAAACCUGUGGUGAUGUGCCUUAUGGGAAACGGAUUCACGUGUUACCAAUUGAUGACACGAUUGAAGGUGUAACUGGCAAUUUAUUUGACGUGUACCUGAAGCCGUACUUUGUCGAAGCUUAUCGUCCAGUGAAGAAAGGGGAUUUGUUUCUUGUACGUCAAGCAAUGCAUCCGGUCGAGUUUAAAGUUGUAGAGACUGAACCUGCACCAUAUUGUAUUGUCGCACCUGAUACAAUCAUUCAUUGUGAAGGUGAACCUGUACGACGUGAAGAUGAGGAGAAAAUGGAUGAAGUUGGGUAUGAUGAUAUUGGUGGAUGUCGUCGUCAAAUGGCUCAGAUCCGUGAAAUGAUUGAGCUGCCACUGCGUCACCCGCAGUUGUUUAAGACAUUGGGUGUGAAACCUCCUCGUGGUGUACUUUUGUAUGGUCCACCUGGUUCGGGUAAGACCUUGAUUGCUCGAGCAGUAGCAAACGAGACAGGUGCCUUUUUCUUCUUAAUUAAUGGUCCUGAAAUCAUGUCAAAGAUGGCUGGUGAGUCAGAAAGCAACUUGCGUAAAGCUUUUGAGGAAGCAGAGAAAAAUGCUCCCGCUAUUAUCUUUAUUGAUGAGAUUGACUCAAUUGCGCCAAAGCGUGAAAAGACCAAUGGUGAGGUCGAGCGUCGUAUCGUGUCGCAGCUGCUUACAUUAAUGGACGGCUUGAAGCAGCGUGCCAGUGUGGUAGUGAUCGGUGCGACGAACCGACCUAACAGCAUGGACCCUGCUCUUCGUCGUUUUGGUCGUUUUGACCGUGAAAUCGACAUUGGCGUCCCGGAUGAAAAUGGUCGUCUAGAAAUCUUCCGUAUCCACACGCGUAAUAUGAAGCUGGACGACGAUGUCGAUCCAGAGCUCAUUGCCCGCGACACGCAGGGUUUCGUGGGUGCUGACAUGGCAGCUCUAUGUACGGAGGCUGCGUUGCAGUGCAUUCGUGAGAAGAUGGAUGUGAUCGACAUCGAGGAUGAGACGAUUGAUGCCGAGAUCCUGGAUGCGAUGUCAGUUACUCAGGCACACUUCAAGUACGCUCUGGGCGUGUCCAACCCGUCUUCGCUGCGUGAGACGACGGUGGAGGUGCCUUCGGUCACGUGGAAGGACAUUGGUGGUCUAGAAGGUGUCAAGCGCGAGCUUCUCGAGCUGGUGCAAUACCCUGUGGAGCACCCGGAAAAGUUCGAAAAGUAUGGUCUCAGCCCGUCCAAGGGUGUUCUUUUCUAUGGCCCUCCUGGUUGCGGUAAGACGCUUCUGGCGAAGGCUGUGGCCAAUGAGUGCCAGGCCAACUUCAUUUCCAUUAAGGGUCCUGAACUUUUGACCAUGUGGUUUGGUGAGUCCGAGGCCAAUGUCCGUGAGGUAUUUGACAAGGCCCGCGGUGCCGCUCCGUGUGUCUUGUUCUUCGAUGAGCUAGAUUCCAUUGCUCAGCAGCGUGGCAGCAGCUCAGGUGAUGCUGGCGGUGCUGGUGACCGUGUUAUGAACCAGCUUCUGACGGAGAUGGAUGGAAUGGGCGCUAAAAAGAAUGUGUUUAUCAUUGGUGCCACGAACCGUCCCGACAUCAUCGACCCGGCUCUUAUGCGCCCAGGUCGUUUGGAUCAGCUUAUUUUCAUUCCCAUGCCUGAUUUCGAUUCGCGUCUGAGCAUUCUGCGCUCUGUGCUUCGCAAGAGUCCUGUGUCGAAAGAGGUGGACCUAAACUUUCUCGCGCAGCAGACAGAUAAGUUCUCGGGUGCCGAUCUUACAGAAAUCUGCCAGCGUGCUGCAAAGUUGGCGAUUCGUGAGAGUAUUGCCCGUGACAUGGAGCGCGACCGUCUCCGUGCUGAGGCUGGUGACGAAAUGGACGAUAUUGAGGAGGAGGACCCGGUGCCAGAGAUUACGCCGCGCCACUUCGAGGAGGCCGUGCGCAACGCGCGCCGCUCGGUCAGCGACCGCGACUUGGCGCAGUACUCGACGUUUGCACAGACGCUUCAGCAGGCACGUUCGCAUGUGACUGCGGGUGGAACUUCCCUGGCCAACUUUUCGUUCCCGGGCCGCAACGUCAGUGCCGGCGCCGUUGGUGGUGUUUCCGAGGCCGCUGACGCAGAUGAGGAGGACCUUUACAGCUAA